AUGGACGCCAGCAAGAAAGCCGUUUCGUCGGAAAGUACUUCAUCCGACCUGGUCGACCUGGAACCAGAGGGCAGUGACGUUGCUCCUGAAAACAAGGUCUCCCAGAAUGUAUCCUCAGAAAAAGGAAAGGAUCCAGAGUCGGAUGUGACAGACAGGAUAUCAGAUCUUCGGAUCGGACCAAGCAAGACUGCGAGCACACGUGUUUCUCCUCCGAAAGUCCUUCCAUCUACGCCUCCUCCACCUGAGCCGCCUGCCGCCAGCGAGAAGCCUUACCUCGAUCCUACUCCCAAAACACCCGCAAUUUCAAGGCAUCCAUCGAUGAGGACACCAGGGGAGGAAUAUGAUGAGAAAGAUCCGGCUUAUAACCAAGAAGCGGAGGACAACACUGCGGAAACACCUUUUCAGAAGUCCAACAAUGAUCCUGAUGUGGAAUCAACGUCGGAAAUCCAGAGUAUUAUAGAUCAGUUCGACGAUGCAUCGGCGGCUCCUUCAAAGGAAUCAAUAAUGUCCCCUCGACACGAAAUGAGCGGACCCAUUCUUGGAUCUGGAGGCAGUUUUCCACCUAGAAGGUCCAGUCUGGAACACUUGCGAUCGAGAGAUAUGGACGCUCUAGCAUCGCCGGUCGUCUCCCAUCAUUCGGAGAAGCCUUUGCCUUCGCCACCUGCAGGUGUCCUCAAUCAUGACUCGGGUUCACCGAGAAGCCCUCCGAUCAAAAGCCCAACCCAGGCCUCAUCGCCCUCUCUUCCGAUGCAGCCUCCGCCUCCCGAACCCGAACCUGAACUACCAUUUGACUUUCAUCGAUUCUUGGAGCAGCUUCGACAUAAAUCUGCCGACCCAGUGGCCAAGUUUCUGCGGUCAUUCUUAAUUGAGUUUGGAAAGAAGCAAUGGAUGGUCCAUGAGCAGGUCAAAAUCAUCGGGGAUUUUCUGGCCUUCAUCACCAACAAAAUGGCUCUUUGUGAGGUAUGGCGAGAAGUGUCGGACAACGAGUUCGACAAUGCCAAAGAGGGUAUGGAGAAGCUCGUGAUGAACAGACUAUAUUCACAAACAUUUUCUCCGGCGAUCCCACCGGCUCCUCCGGUCGCACGAUCACGGUCCCGAGGGAGGAGAAAAGAACUGGAAAAGUCUGAUAUACCUGGAAGACGCGGUCAACACCAAGAAGAUGUUGAACGAGACGAGAUCUUAGCGCAGAAAAUACGGAUUUACAGCUGGGUGCGGGAGGAACAUCUCGACAUUGCGCCGGUUGGGCCGAAUGGGGAGCGAUUUCUCAGACUGGCGCAGCAGGAGCUCCUCAAGAUCAAGGGGUAUCGAGCACCUAGAGACAAAGUGAUCUGCGUCUUGAACUGUUGCAAGGUUAUCUUUGGACUGUUGAAAAAUGCAAAGAGCUCCGACACUUCGGCAGACUCAUUCGUGCCUUUACUAAUCUACGUUGUCCUCCAAGCCAACCCGGAAAAUCUCGUGUCGAAUGUCCAAUACAUUCUUCGAUUCAGGAAUCAGGACAAGCUUGGAGGCGAGGCGGGUUACUAUCUGUCCUCGUUGUCAGGAGCAAUUCAGUUCAUCGAAAGUCUAGAUCGGACGACCUUGACUGUUAGCGACGAGGAAUUUGAGCGCAACGUUGAGAAUGCUGUAGCGGCAAUCGCAGAGCAGAACCGUCAGGCCGAACAAUUCAGCCCACUCACGUCGACCAUCGCCGAGAAAUCCUCCCUUGCAGAGCCAGAGCUCACACCGCGAAACUCGAUGGAUGUGACGUCGACCAGUCCUAUACGCCGGGAUCCUAAUCGGCAAUAUAGCACCUCAGGCGACGGCUCCGAUGACAGUGUAGCAGGUCUCUUGCGGACGAUCCAGAAGCCUCUUUCCACGAUCGGCCGAAUAUUCUCUGACCAAGACACCUCAUCCCAAGAGCGCAGACCGAGUCCUGCACCUCAAGCGGCUCCGAGGCUGAACCCGGGUGUGUUCCAGCCGCCACCAGCUCAUGGCGGCGCAGCCCCUUCGUACGACGCCCAAGAGGCUGCGGCGAGACAGGCAAGCGCGGAAGCGGCGGAAGCUCGACGGAUUUCUCGAGCCGAACACAGGACGGUGGUUGAAACGUUGUGUGGCAUGUUCCCCAACCUCGACAAAGAGGUCAUCGAUGACGUGGUGCGGCAAAAGGAGGGAAGAGUAGGACUUGCCGUUGAUGCUUGUUUAGCCUUAACAGCAGGAGGUUGA